AUGCCUUCGUCGUCUCCCGGCAGCGGCGCAUCUUCACCGCUGCGCGAUGCACGCCGUUCACGCUUCACAUACCGGCAGCUUGCCCAGCUGGCGACGUAUGGCACGACCACGCCUCUGCGCGUGAUUGCGCAUAUAGAUCUUGAUGCAUUCUAUGCUCAGUGCGAGAUGGUCCGGCUCGGCGUUCCCGAAGACAAGCCUCUCGCCGUCCAGCAGUGGCAAGGUCUCAUUGCCAUCAAUUAUCCCGCGAGGAAAUGGAAGAUUGGGCGCCACUGCGACGUCACCGAGGCCAAGAAGCUGUGCCCGGAUUUGAUUGCGCAGCACGUCGCUACCUGGAGGGAGGGCGACGACAAGUGGGCAUAUCGGGACGAUGCUGCCGCCAACAUCGCAACGGACAAGGUGUCUCUUGACCCUUAUCGACUGCAAUCGAGGAAGAUCCUCGCCCUGAUUAAGGACUGUCUGCCAAAGGACCUUCAAAAGGUAGAAAAGGCCAGCAUCGAUGAAGUCUUCCUGGAUCUCUCGGCCCAGGUCCACGCCGAACUUUUGCGCCGCUUUCCAGAGUUGUCCACCCCGCCUCCGUCUGGCGACGCCACUGAAAAUCUGCCUUUCCCCUCUGCUUCCGCACUCGACUGGCAGACGGACAACCUUGUCGACCUUGAAGAGGAGCAAGAGGCUCUCGAUCCAGACUGGGAUGACGUGGUCAUGUUGGUGGGUUCUGAAAUAGUCCGCGGCGUCCGCGCACAGAUACGGGAAAAGCUGGGAUACACGUGUUCCGCCGGUAUCGCGAAUAGCAAGCUCGUCAGCAAGCUCGGCUCGGCCUUCAAGAAGCCCAAUGCCCAAACGGUCGUGCGCAGCCGAGCCGUGCUGCCAUUCCUAACGGGCAUCAAAGUGACUAAGAUGCGGAACCUCGGCGGCAAGCUGGGAGAUCAAGUCGUCUCUACGUUCAACACGGAGAGCGUCAAGGAGCUUCGCGACAUCCCCUUAGACCAGAUCAAGGCAAAACUCGGCGACGAAACCGCCGUUUGGCUCUACAACACUAUUCGAGGGAUCGACCACAGCGAGGUGAAUUCCCGUACGCAGAUCAAGUCGAUGCUCUCGGCCAAGUCUUUCCGGCCCUCGAUCAAUACCCCUGAGCAGGCCAUCAAGUGGCUCAGGAUCUUUGCCGGUGAUAUCUAUUCUCGCCUUGUCGAAGAAGGCAUAUUGGAGCACAAGCGAUGGCCACGCACAAUCAAUCUCCAUCACCGUCACGCCGGACAAACGCGCAGCAAGUCGAGCCCAAUACCUACUGGAAAGCCCUUGGAUGAACAAGCCUUGUUCAUUCUUGCUAAAGAGCUCCUUCACCAGAUCAUGGCCGAGGGAGACGUCUGGCCCUGUGCAAAUUUGAGCCUGAGCGUUGGCGGGUUCGAAGAGGGCGUCAAAGGCAACAUGGGCAUUGGCGCCUUUUUCAAAAAGAGGGAUGAAGCUCCCCCUCCUCUUCGUCCCAUUGAUACAGCGCCUGAAAACCCGAUCGUGGAGCAACCGAGCAAGAAACUCCGACUCGAUGAACCUAGUAGUAUUCAGCGGUUCUUCGCCAAGCGGUAUGCUGGGGAUGCAGCCUCUCUCGGCGUAAAUGGGCAGCUUCACGUCAAGCAGCCACCAGUUGAUGACACCUCUUCAUCCUUUCGGCUCGACCAUGGGGCCGAGGAGGCAGACGCUCGCGGGCCAGAAUCUCGAUUUGGCCACGAUACAUCAGGCCCAGAGGACUCGGUCCAUUCCACGAUUUAUGCCUGCCCCAGAUGCAAAGCCAGCUUUAGUGACGAGGUGUCAUUGCAAAGUCAUCAGGACUGGCAUUUCGCCAAGGACAUCCAGGAUAGUGAGCGUGUCAUGUCCACACCUGCUCAGCAGCCAGCCGCCUCCCGCAACCACACGUCGAGGAGCUCUGGUCCUGCUACUAGACGGGGGCGCGGAGGCCCAAAGCUUGAGCAGGGACAGAGUAGGCUCAAAUUUGGAUGA